AGGAGUCCCGCGUCGGAAGAGGGGGGAGAGCUGGCGGAAAUUGGCACCGCGUCGUUUUUGUUUUCCCCUGCACCCCGCGGUUUUAAAGCCCUCUGACCCUUGGCUUGUUUUCUGAGGGCGACACUGGGAGGACCGAAACGCGGCAUGGAAAAAAUCGAUGGGAGUGACCAUGAUGGCAAGGGAUGGAAUGGUGAGAAAAGUGUGGGCAGCAAUGUGUCCGCGACGAAGAAAUCGAUGGAAAUGGGCAUUGUGUCAACCGGAGCCUGCUUUAAUCGGCAGCCAACCAAGACCGCAAUGACACCUUAUGAGAAAAUCGUUUACGACUGCAACCACGAUGAAAAGUGGGCCAAAGAAGUGACUUUGGGGAAGCGCGUAUCUUUUUAUCGCUUCAAAUCCGACAUCGGAUCUGGAAAUUUUUCUCAGGUCAAAUCUGCUGUUCAUCAACUCACCAAAGAGAAAGUUGCUAUCAAGAUUCUUGAUAAAACAAGACUGGAUCACAAGACCCAAAAGAUGCUCUCUCGAGAAAUCAUCAACAUGGACAAGCUAGUACACCCCAAUAUCAUUCGACUCUUCCAAGUUGUUGAGACUUUGUCAAGGAUUCAUUUGAUCAUGGAGUAUGCCGGUGGAGGAGAGUUGUUCGCGUACAUAACAAACAAAGGCAAGCUUUCUGAGGAUGAAUCAAAAGUCAUAUUUUCUCAGCUGGUCUCGGCAGUGAGUUACAUGCAUGGUAACAACAUGGUCCACCGAGACAUAAAAGCCGAAAACGUGUUCUAUGCUUCGCCGCGGUGGGUGAAGCUCGGCGACUUCGGUUUCAGCAUCGGCAUUGCCAAUAAUGAGAAUCUCAAAACGUUUUGUGGCUCUCCACCGUACGCCGCUCCUGAGCUAUUCCAAGACGAUUCCUACGCCGGUUGCCCUGUGGACGUGUGGGCCCUCGGCGUUUUGCUCUACUUCAUGGUCUCCGGGCUUAUGCCAUUCCGGGCGCAAACCGUGGCUGCCCUCAAAAAGCUCAUUGUUGCUGGUGAUUUUAGUGUUCCUGAAAACAUGCCAGAAGGGGCCAAGGAGAUAGUGAGCUCAAUCCUAGUUCAAGAACCCAUGCGACGACCCACUUUGACGGAGCUGCAAAAUCAUGCUUGGCUGAAAGGCACUGGGGGUGCGUGUUGUCUCAAUUUCUCACACGACGAUGCCCAUGCUCUGGUGCUGAAGGAGAUGAACAGGCUUGGAAUUCCCGAAGAAAUGCUACGCACUGCAGAGACACGUGGAAAUCGCAGUACUGUCAUUGGCAUUUACCGAGUCCUAUUCACAAAAGUUCAGAACAGACGAUUGUCUUCAUCCCCAAGGAUUCCAGGGCUUUGUGUCGACUCUAGUCCUCAGAAGUCAGUUCCAAAGACGCCCGGCUUCUGUGAUGCAAGCAGUAAGCAGCUCUCGGGUUGUCUCACGGGCAAAUCUGGUCUUUUCCAUCGUGUUUCCAAUAAAUCAAAAGCGUGCGUAAUUCAGUAAGAUGCGACCAAAUGAUGAGGAUGGCUGAACCUGAUAUACCAAAUAUGUAUUCUAUGUGCUUUGCCUGAGGGAAAUAUGUGUCGAUGUGCUUUGGUCCUCCCCGAAGCAUCUGAUUCCAGUGUUUGGCUCCCAAAAAAAUAUAACUGUUGGAGCGACAUCUUUGAAACAUACCAAAAUUUUGGUUUUGCUCUGUGUCAUGCUUAAAAGGAUGAAUGGAUCUGUUUCAAAAUGCUCGCGCAAGAACGGAGAUUUGUGAUAAGAAACAUUCAUUUUGUAGGUGCAAUUUGUCAGGAGUAGCCCGUUGAGCCUAGAGAUACAUGUGAAAAUUGAUGUUGAUCCACUCGUGUCAGAUAAUUCUUCCUUUGCUACUGAUCCGGAAAAAUAUUUUGGGAGGUAGUUCAGUUGAUGUGAAGGUAAAUUUCACGCAAAGUUAUUUUUGCGUCAUGAAGAAAUCCCUAUUAGUUGCAUUGGACGAAUGCUGAAUUAGAAUGAAUUUUGUGAAUCUUGCGGCAUUGCGAUCUCUUGAAUCAACUUGCUGCUUUGUGGAGCUCAUGCGCCGUUUGGGGAAGUGUAACUGUUCGAUUACAAAUGGUA